GUUUCCCUGCUCGGUGGUGGCUGCGGGCGGUGUCUCCAUGUCGGACAACCAGAGCUGGAAUUCCUCCGGCUCCGAGGAGGAUCCCGAGACCGAGUCCGGGCCGCCUGUUGAGCUCUGCGGGGUCCUCAGCAAGUGGACCAACUACAUUCAUGGGUGGCAGGACCGAUGGGUAGUUUUGAAAAACAACACUCUAAGUUACUACAAAUCUGAAGAUGAAACGGAGUAUGGCUGCAGGGGCUCGAUUUGUCUGAGCAAGGCUGUUAUUACGCCUCAUGAUUUUGAUGAAUGCAGAUUUGACAUUAGCGUAAAUGAUAGUGUUUGGUACCUACGAGCUCAGGAUCCUGAUCAUAGACAACAAUGGAUAGAUGCGAUAGAACAACACAAGACUGAAUCUGGCUAUGGAUCAGAGUCAAGUUUACGGCGCCAUGGCUCCAUGGUGUCUCUGGUGUCUGGAGCAAGUGGAUAUUCUGCUACAUCCACCUCAUCGUUCAAGAAAGGUCAUAGCUUGCGUGAGAAGCUUGCUGAAAUGGAAACCUUCAGAGAUAUCCUCUGUAGACAGGUUGAUACUUUACAGAAAUAUUUUGAUGCCUGUGCAGAUGCAGUCUCCAAGGAUGAACUUCAGAGGGAUAAAGUGGUUGAAGAUGAUGAAGAUGAUUUUCCUACAAUGCGUUCUGAUGGGGAUUUCUUGCAUAAUAGUAAUGGCAGUAAGGAAAAAUUAUUUCCACAUGUAACACCCAAAGGAAUUAAUGGCAUAGACUUUAAAGGGGAAGCUAUAACUUUCAAGGCAACUACUGCUGGAAUCCUAGCUACACUUUCUCAUUGUAUUGAACUCAUGGUAAAACGUGAGGAGAGCUGGCAAAAAAGAUUGGAUAAGGAAAUUGAGAAAAGGAGACGAAUAGAAGAAGCAUACAAAAAUGCCAUGACGGAACUUAAGAAAAAGUGCCAUUUUGGAGGGCCAGACUAUGAGGAGGGUCCUAAUAGUCUGAUUAAUGAAGAGGAAUUUUUUGAUGCUGUUGAAGCUGCUCUUGACAGACAAGAUAAAAUAGAAGAACAGUCUCAGAGUGAAAAGGUCAGAUCACACUGGCCAACAUCAUUACCUUCUGGUGAGGGAUACUCUGCUGUGGGGACUCACAGAUUCGUCCAAAAGCCCUAUAGUCGCUCUUCCUCCAUGUCUUCCAUUGAUCUAGUCAGUGCCUCUGAUGAUGUUCACAGAUUCAGCACCCAGGUGGAAGAGAUGGUGCAGAAUCACAUGACUUACUCUUUGCAGGAUGUAGGAGGAGAUGCCAAUUGGCAGUUGGUAGUAGAAGAAGGUGAAAUGAAGGUGUACAGAAGAGAGGUAGAAGAAAAUGGGAUAGUCCUAGAUCCUUUGAAAGCCACACAUGCAGUCAAAGGCGUUACGGGACACGAGGUCUGCCAGUACUUCUGGAAUGUUGAUGUUCGUAAUGAUUGGGAAACAACCAUUGAAAAUUUCCAUGUUGUGGAAACUUUAGCAGAUAACGCAAUCAUCAUUUACCAGACACACAAGAGAGUGUGGCCAGCUUCUCAGCGGGAUGUGCUAUAUCUGUCUGCUAUUAGAAAGAUACCGGCGUUCAGUGAAAAUGAUCCUGAAACUUGGAUUGUCUGUAACUUCUCUGUGGAACAUGAUAGUGCCCCUCUGAACAAUCGAUGUGUUCGUGCCAAAAUAAACAUUGCUAUGAUCUGUCAGACGUUGGUGAGCCCACCCGAAGGGAACAAGGAAAUAAGCAGAGACAAUAUCCUAUGCAAGAUUACAUAUGUAGCUAAUGUGAAUCCUGGGGGAUGGGCACCAGCCUCCGUGUUACGAGCAGUGGCAAAACGAGAGUAUCCCAAAUUCCUGAAGCGUUUUACAUCAUACGUGCAAGACAAAACAGCAGGAAAGCCUAUUUUCUUCUAGUAUUGACAGAGUUCUAAAUGUAUUAUGCUAUGUCCUUUCCAUGCUUCUACAGUGAUUGAAACAAGACUGUGUGUGAACAUUCCAUGUUGGAGAAAUAAACCAAAUUGAAGGCUCCAAGCUGGAACGUAGGAUCUACAGUCUUUUUGUGGCCCAAGUCCUAGGCUUUGUGUUCUGAAGUGAAGAAAUACUGCAGCACCGUGAGGCUGAACAUCUAACACUAGCUGUCUUCUGCUAGCUCUCCUUGCUGAAUCAGUGUGUAAUUAUAAAUACAUGUAUUGAUACAUGUAUAUGGAUAUAUUUUUAUUUGCUUGCUUUAGAGGAGAAAAAAAUACAACUUUGAAUCACCAACUUGGGUUACUGCUUCAAUUUUAAACAAUUUGCAAAGCUUUUGUUUACUGUGGCCCUUCAAGACACACAUACGGUUUUCUGUUUUUGUGCAUGUCUAAAAAGCACAAAAGACAAAUGCACAUAUAGCAUACUGUAUGUGCUUUAUAUGCACAAAAACCUGUGGGUGGUAUUUUUUCAGGUUUGCAGUAAAGUCUAGGUGACCUUUGGGCAGGGGUUUUGUUUUGCUUUGUAUAAUCAUAGUUCAUUGCUGCUGAAUCAUCUUGUUAUGUAAAAUGUCUCUUAAUUGAGGGCUGUCAAUAUCCACAUGACUUUGCCUUUUCUGUUAUCUUACUCCUGUGAAGACCUUUGGCUCUGAUGGAGGAAGACUGUGAAAAGCUUUAUUUUUUUCCCAGAUAUCUUUAUAUUUCUAUUGUAUUUUUUAGUUAUGUAAUAUGUGCUACAGAAUUUAUUGAACAUGAUUCAGAAAUUUCUAGGUAGAUUCUAUAUGAGAGGGCGAGAUUGUGCCUGAAAACUACAACAGUAGUCUGUCCAUGCUAUGUUACAUGUGGAUUUUGUGAAAGUGCAAGAAGGUACCCUGUAAUAUUUAUUAAAGCAAAUUGGACUACAUAGAACAACAUUCCCAGUCUGCAAGUAAAAGCGAGUACAUUAUUUCCUGGUCCUGCACAUUUUUGUACUCCUCUUCAUUAAAGCCACACUAUGAGAUAUGUGUAGAAAAUGUGAGUUGCGUUAAUAUUUACUACUUGAUCAGAAACUUAACAGAGCUAUAAGAAUCCACAGAUUCUAAAUGAAAAGUUCCCCUUAGUUGCUGUGAGAACUUGAAUGCAAAUAUCUGCCUGCCUUUGAUCUCUGGAAAUAGCCAUGAGGAGUGGACUGUGGGGGCAGAGAGUAGUACUCACUUGAGCAGAUAUCUCGCCUGGCAGCCUUUUAGGUGGAGAUUAUUCAGAGGCAUUUCUUGGGCACUUCACUAACUUGUAUAUGUCAAACAUAAGAUUCAGAUAUAUUUUUUUCAAAAGAAAGCUGAAAGUCUUAUUUAAUAUAGUGUUGCAGGUGCCUGGAUAUAACUACAAAAGAGUAAUUUAAUGAAGAGUUGGCUGAUAAAUGUCUGAUAUCUGCACAAUGUUGUAAGUGAAUUACUCCUUGUGUCUGUUAGUCUUUAUUCUGUAUAAAGAGGUACAAACACAUAACAUAUGGUUACACAUAUACAUGUAGAUUUCAUGCUCUAUAAAACUUUUCUCCUCUUUUAUUUGCCUCUCUCUAAAUGGUGUGCAUGGAAUAUGCCUUAUUACAGAAUAAUUCUGUUCAUGAUUUGAAUAUGUAGAAAAGUGCCUAUAUGGUAAUGCUAGUAAGGCAAAUAAGAUUAAAAUUGUACAUGUUUACUACAUCACCAGUAAGCAUUUUAUAUAACGAUGUUAAAAAAAAAUUCUUAUACCUCAAAUGUUUCAUCUUUUUGCAAUCAACUAAAAAAUGAUUCCUUGACCAUAGCCACUAAUGGGAACUUUACAAAAAGUCUUAUGCCCAAAAUACAAAUGUUUAACUCCUUAUUUGCCAUUUCUGGUAACUAUCAUCGAACACAGGCAAGUAACUGUUUCUUAAUUUAAUUGGAUAGCUUUAUUUUACAAAGGUAUGGAAAGUUUACAAAGCAGUACAUAAAUCUUAAUAUCAUUAGUUGCAUUUGCACUAAAUGUGAUGUACUUUUGCAAUUUAUUCUGUAAAUAAAAUUACACUAAAGAUACUAUUUGUAAAGAAUACAUUUUACUCUUAGAUAAAGCACUGGUCUUUCACUACAGCCAGCCCUGCCCAAUCAGAAGUAAAAGAAGCUCCUUACUGAAUAUGAAAAGAGUUGCGGGUUCAAGAGUCAUAAGUACUGACCCUUCAAAUAAAAGCUUAGGCUUCUUCUCAUGCUGUGUAAAUGUAUGUUGCAUAUCCAUUAUGCCCUUUCUUCCAGAAGAGAUCUCCAAACCUUUUUUGCAUUUAUGUUGUCUCUCUCCUUCCUCCUCCAACACUUGGCCUUUUUUCUGCCAGUUAAUGUCACCUUAACCAUAUGUGUGUGGUACUGUUGAUGAGCACUAGCCUCUGACUCUAGAUUGUCAUUUUUGUAAGUUAAAUCAGUUCUUCUUAAUUCAGCCUAUUCAGAGAAUGCAGCAAUCUUCACCUUCAAAUGUGUUAGUGUCCCUUAACUUCUGUUAUCUUGGGAACCUGGAUCUGUCACCAAAUUAGAUCUUCUCCAUGACUAGAUACAGUUUUUAUUGGUGAUGAGGGGAUCAGGAAAAGAGGUGGUUCAACAGUUUUCUGAAUCUGAAUAAUUUCUCAUAAGUUUCUCUAGGAAAAAAUGCCGUUGCACUUUUUGAGAGGAAAUCACCUUUUACCUAAUUGGGAUGUGCUGGUUUAUCUGAAGUUGUUGAUUUUCUUUAAACUAAUCAAAUUGUCCAGUAAAAAUCUUUCACCAGAAUUCUUGUCAGUUUUACAGAUUAAGCUGUAUUUGAAUUGCCACUGUUCAUCCACAGACUCAAAACAUGAAUCAUACUUUUGAGUACCUUGAGUGUGUAGAGUGUGGCUGUUUGUUCUGUGAUAGCUUUAUAAUACUGAUAAGUUUUAAAAAUUAAAAGUUGGCUCUUCCAUGUUACAAUCACAAAUUUAAAACCAGUAUUUAAAAGUGAAAAGUAUUAAAAUAUUAUGAAAAAUA